AGAGAGAGAGAGACGUUGGUCUCCCUGCCGCAUCCCCUGGAGUUCGUGCUCCAUCGUAGCGGGGUGUGUGGGGAUGGAGUCGAACUGGAGCUGCGACCCAUCGCUGUCUGGGUACCGCUACUUCGGGGCAUCGCUGGGGCUGGCGGUCACCGCGGUGGGCGGCGCGGGGAAUCUGCUGACCCUCCUGGCCUUCGCGGCGGACGCCCGCCUGAGGACCCCCUUCAACCUGCUGAUCCUGAACCUGACGCUGUCCGACCUGCUCUACUGCGCCUUCCUGCAGCCCGUGACGGCGGCCAGCUACCUGAGGAUGGGCUGGAGGGGGGGCCGCCGCGCCUGCCGCGCCUUCGGCCUCCUGCUGUUCACCUCCAACGCCACCUCCAUCCUCUCGCUGGGGCUGAUCGCCGGAGCACGGUACGCCCUGGUGCGGGGGGCUGGGCGCUGGCGCGGGGCCCACUCCCGCUGCCCCCGGGGCGUCCUGGUGCCCGUCCUCCUGGCUGGCACCUGGCUCCUCUCUCUGUCCCUCUUCGCCCCGCUCUGGCCCGUCUUCGAGUUCCAGCCGGCGGUCUGCACCUGCAGCUUCAACCGCGAGACGGGGAGGCCGUACACCAGCAUCCUGAUGGUGCUGCUUUUCGGGGUGGGCCUGUCCUCCAUUGGCGUCUUCUACUGCCUCCUGGCCAAGAGGGUGAGCGCCGCCCGCCGCGCGCUGGACGCGCACCGGCAGCGAAGGAUGGCCCCGGGAGAGAUCGAGCGUUCCACCGCCUCAUGGCAGUCCGAGGGAGCAUCAGCGCCGCCUCCUGCCCAGCCCCGGGCGGGUUCGGACUCCCACCGCGUCACCCGGAUGUGCGUCGCCUCCUUCUGCGUCUUCGUGGCCUGCUACCUGCCCUUCUGCCUCCUCAACGUCCUGGACCGCGGCUCCCGGGCUCCGGUGAUGGUCCACGCCAUCGUCGCCAGCCUCACCUGGCUCAAUGGCUGCGUCAACCCCUUCCUCUACGCCUUCAUGAACCGCCAGUUCUCCCAGGCCUACCGCCGGCUUUUCCACAAGGUGUGGGCGCGGUGCGUACGGUGGAGCCCCAACAUCGUGGGUCACCGGGCCGUAGACCAAUCCGCCAGCAGGCAGAUCCUAAGCUCGUCGGGACCUGCAGAAACGACACAGACAACACUUCCCCCAAGUCAACAACCGUCUCACUGUUCUCCGCAGUAAAAGGGCUCUUUUUUGGAGGAGUUUCUAAAUCCCUUGUUUGGAUAUUUUAUCUUAAAUUCCUGAUUUUAUACAUUUCAUUCUGAAAC